GAUUGUUUUUUAGACCAUCUAGCUGAGCUGGCUGAAGCUCUUGUGAGGUUUCGGGCAGGAGAAAUUUCCAGCCAUUAACAUGGAGAUGCCGGGGACUGAACCUGACAGUUAUUGAUGACUAUGCUUGGCUAUGCUUGGAGGAAAUAAUGCUUCUGAAUACCAGUUGCUGGAAACCACAGGAGGGAGAAUUGAGCUUGUCCUGAGCCUAUGGCAUCACUGCCAUUACUUUCCAAAACUGUGACACUGCAGAAGGUCGCAUCCGUGGCAUCGGAUCAGCCUGUUGAAUGAGCAUCAGGCUGAGCAUAAAACUCAUGGGCUGUGGGACAGCGAAGACUUCAUGGUGGGCUCUUCUGAGAGCAGCUCAGGAAGACAACGGUUGACUUCAGAGAUGUCUCUUGUGGAAAGAAAGAGGGUGUCAAAAUGGGAGUCGGCAGGAAACCAGGACCAAGGUGUGCCUGAGAAGUCAGGAGCGAAGGUGGAGGUGCUGGACCCAAAGGGCCGUGGGCCAGGGGACCGAGCGGAGGAAAAGCAAGAGGGGAAGGAAAACCCUCGAAUUAUCCAGUGUGGAGCCACUGAGGACUUGCUGAGAUGGCCACCUCUCCCUCAGGUGAAGCAAGAAGCAGAUGACAAACUGACUGAGCACUGGGAAGCCCAGUGGCAAGAAUUCUUGAAGGCCACACCAUCCCUUCGCUCGACACUUGAAGACCCGCCAGCGUGUCCGCCAUGGAGCGACUCGAUGGCCUUUCUUGCCUCCUUUGAGGGAGCAGCUACCGUUCGCCGCUGGGCUCGAGGAGAGUGGGUGGCCCAUCUCUCACCUUCCUCCGGCAGAGAAGCGGACCGAGCUUCCAGCCCCCUGAACGUGGCUGAGGUGGGGUCCUCUGGGAAGGGUAGGGAAGACUUCGUGGGGACAGAGAUGCAGGACCCACAGUUGUGUCCGCAGAAGGCCCAGGGCCUCCGGGAGGUUUGCUGCCGACUCCGGGAGCUUUGCCAGCAGUGGCUGACGCCCAAGACACCCAUGGAGGAGCAGGUGCUGGAGCUGGUGAUCCUGGAGCAGUUCCUCUCCAUCUUGCCGACGGAGAUGCAGAGCUGGGUCAGGGAGCGCUGCCCGGCAGCGUGUGCCCAGGCAGUGGCUCUGGCUGAGGCCUUCCUGUUGAGGUGUCGAGAGGCCGAGAAGCAGCAGCGUGAGGUCCCAGGGCCUCUGGAGACGACGGCUCUGAACUUCUCAACGGCUGAGUGGACGCUUUCCGACAUCUGGCAGAAACACCUCAGCAGAGGGAGCAAGCUAGAGGGGGACAGAGAUGCCGGCUUGCUGGGUGGGGGGCGAAGCGAGGAUCAGAAAAGCCUCUUACUCAGAAGAAGUGAGCAGAUGACGACCCUGAAGCAGGCCAAGGAGAACGUGGUCCAAUGUCCUAACCAGGGGGAUGCCCUUAAGAAUCUGGACAGGCCAGAGCGGAAGCAGGAGCCGCUUCGAGGGAUCAAGUCCAAUAGACUGUCCCGCUGCAGUGGAGAAAAGGACAGUGGCGACCUCAGCGUGGCUGGGACUCUGCAAGGACUUUCCAAGGGUGAAAGCCAGGACCUCUCGAGGGUGUGUCCCGACCGCCCAGCGCCCGAGGAAGUGAACGCCGACGUGAAAAUAUACAACUGCGCGGAUUGUGGGAAAAGCUUUUCCCGCAGCUCGAACCUCAUGAGCCACCAGAGGACCCACGCGGGUGACAAGCCGUACAAAUGUUCGGACUGCGGGAAGGGCUUCACCCGCAGCUCGAACCUGAUCAACCACCAGAGGACACACACAGGUGAGAGGCCUUACACAUGUCUGGACUGCGGGGAGAGUUUUUCUCGAAGCUCGCAGCUCAUCAGCCACCGCCGGAUCCACACGGGCGAGAAGCCGUACCAGUGCGCCGAGUGCCGGAAGUCGUUCAGCUUGCGCUCGCUCCUGAUCCGCCACCAGAAGAUCCACACGGGCGAGAAGCCGUACCAGUGCGCCGAGUGCGGGAAGAGGUUCAUCGAGAGCUCUGAGCUCAUCACCCACGAGAGGACCCACACGGGCGAGAAGCCCUACAAGUGCGGCGUUUGCGGCAUCAGCUUCUGCCAGAGCUCGAACCUCUUGGCGCACACCCGGACCCACACGGGGGAAAAGCCCUACCGGUGCGCCAGCUGCGGGAAGAGCUUCAGCCGCAGCUCGAACCUCAUUGUUCACGAGAGGACGCACACGGGCGAGAAGCCCUACGAGUGCUCCUACUGCGGGAAAGGCUUCACGUUCGUAUCGGUCCUCAUUAAACAUCAGAGGAUCCACACGGGAGAGAAGCCUUUCACGUGCUCCGUUUGUGGGAAGGGCUUCCGCCAACACUCUCACCUUGUUAACCACGAGAGAAUCCACACCGGAGAGAAACCGUACGGCUGCCCCAGCUGCGGGAAAAGCUUUGGUGACCCCUCGCACCUCAUCAGGCACAAGAGGACCCACAUGAGAGAGAGGCCGUACAAGUGCUUGGUGUGUGGAAAGAGUUUCUGCACAGGGAACGAGCUUCUCAUGCAUGAGAGAAUCCACACGAGUGAGAAACCGUGCCAGUGCGCUGCCUGUGGGCAAAGCUUCACCAGGAUGUCGGUCCUCAUUAGUCACCAGAGGAUGCAUACAGGGGAGAAGCCGCACAAAUGCUCCGAGUGCGAGAAGUGCUUCCAAUACAAUUCGCAGCUCGCAAAACAUCAGAGAAUCCACACAGGAGAGAAGCCCUACGAAUGCUCAGAGUGUGGGAAGUGCUUCCGGCAGCAUUCCCAGCUUGUGAACCACCAGGGCAUCCACACGGGCGAGAAACCUUACAAAUGCCCCGAGUGCGGGAAGUGCUUCCGGCAGCAGUCGCAACUUGUGAAACACCAGAGGAUCCACACGGGAGAGAAGCCCUACAAGUGCGCGGAGUGCGGAAAAUGCUUCCGGCAGCACUCUCAGCUCGGGAGCCACCAGAGAAUCCACACAGGGGAGAGGCCAUAUGCGUGUUCGGAUUGUGGGAGGGCCUUCAGCGACCCCUCUCACCUCAACAGACACAAAAGAACCCAUACCGGAGAGAAACCUUGUGAGUGCUCUGUUUGCGGGAAGAGCUUUAGCACCAGUGCCUAUCUUACGACUCACAUGAGAAUCCACACAGGAGAGAAACCGUAUCAGUGCUCAGAGUGUGGGAAAAGCUUCAACCACAAUUCAGGUCUCCUUGCCCAUGAAAGAAUCCACAGGGGAGAGAAGCCAUAUAAAUGCCCGGAAUGUGGCCAAAGCUUUAGCAGCAGAUCAGUCCUCAUUAAACAUCAGAGAAUCCACACGGGAGAGAAACCUUUCAAAUGCUCCAUUUGCGGGAAGGACUUCCGCCAGCACUCGCAGCUCAUGAACCAUGAGAGAACCCACACGGGGGAGAAACCCUUUAGCUGCCCCGACUGCGGGAAAAGCUUCGGAGACCCCUCGCACCUGAUCAGGCACAAGAGGACCCACACACGAGACAGGCCAUACAAAUGCCUGGCCUGUGGGAAGAGCUUCUGCACAGGGAAUGAGCUACUCGUGCACGAAAGGACCCACACGAGCGACAGGCCGUGUCGGUGCUCAGAAUGCGGGAAGUGCUUCCGGAGGAGGUCAGCCCUUAUCAGUCACCAGAGAAUCCACACGGGAGAGAAGCCGUACAAAUGCUCCGAGUGCGGGAAGUGCUUCCGAGAGCGCUCCCCGCUUGUGAAACACCAGAGAAUCCACACAGGGGAGAAACCGUACACGUGUUUGGAGUGUGGGAAGUGCUUCCGUCAGCUCUCGCAGCUUGUGAACCACCGGAGAAUCCACACGGGGGAGAGGCCGUUUGUUUGUCCCGAAUGUGGGCGGAACUUCAGCGACCCCUCGCACCUCUUCAGGCACAAGAAAAUCCACCUAGCACGAGAAACCUUGUAAAGGUUUGCAUCGUCUGCCUUCUUCCUCAUCCGAGAAUCCAAAUCAUUGAGUUAGGAGAGAAACCGUAUCAGCAAUUGAGAGUGCAGGGUGAAAGCUUCAACCACGCUUAUGGCUCCGCAGCAGAGAGAAACUGUACAAAGGCACAGAUUGCAGGAAAAGCUUCCAUGGUGGCUGACGGAUCAUCACACACAGGAAAGCAAAAACGGUGCAGAAACAAGAUUAUGGGGGCAGAUUUUUUUAGCCAGGCUGAGCUAGUUUCUCACCAGAGCAGGACUGGUCUCAGAACUGUCCACCUCCAGCAAACACUUGAAAGGGCUGAAACGUACUUAGACCCACCAGCAACAAACGUGAGGCCCACCAGUCACAAGGUGCAAGGGCAGAGCCAGUCGCAAAAUGGUGGCAGAUCUGAGAUGAAGUUCAGCACAAACAGCUGAAAAUCACUGCUCCCUGAUCUCUCUGUUUCUAAAUUCUUUGCCUUAGCAAUUUCCUCGUAACACAGAGUUCCACAGUUCGGCUUUCCUCAAGCUGUGAGCAGUAUCAUGGAAGUAUCAUGAUAGCUUUGUUUUAGGCAGAGUUUUGCUCUGAGUGGAAAAGUCAAAUUAUUUUAUGUUUCCUUUCUCUCCAUGCAUCUCUCACAAGUACUUUUAUUCACCUCCUGCUAUUUCUUCUCCUUUCCUCCCUUCACCGUUCCCUAUGCCCACCCCAAGCUGCCAGUUUCUUUCAUUCCUCCUAUAACAGCUUUCUUCCUUCUUUCCUUUCAUUGCUAUUCUCAGGUGUGUGGGGAUUUCUUACGGGAAGGGCGAAAUAUUAUUAUUGCUAUUUGAAAUAUUAACCUUUGAAUAUGUGAUUUCCCUCAAUAUUUCCUCUGGCCGGUUCCCUCCAGUGGAAGAAGAUCUUCAUUUCUUCCUGCUCCUCUAAAUUUCUGUCUCCCAGGAAACUUGCAAUAAAAUUAUGGUGCUGACAUUGGUCCAACAGUUCGGGAACCAGGCAGGCGAGUGAGGAGAAAGCACUGGGCAGGUGAUGGCGCUGAACUCCACCUGAGAGUGGAUUGAGAUUCCUGGCCCGCUGCUUUAAGAAAUACGGUUUGCCCAUGGGCAAAAGAAGCCUGAUGGACUAUUCCAAGUUUAAUGAACACCUGUUUACACACAGAACAUAGGAAUAGCCUGCUGGAUCAAGCCAGGGGCCCAUUUAGUCCAGCAUUCUGUUCUCACAGUGGCCAACCAGAUGCCUCAAUGGGAAGCUGGCUAGCAGGACUGAUAAAACUGUCCCUAAAUCAGUGGGUUCUGCUGAUCGCAGAAGGCUGAUCGCCGAUAAUUGAUGCUUUUGAAUUAUGGUGCUGGAGAAGACUCUUGAGAGUCCCAUGGACUGCAAG